ACACAAAAUUAAUUUGAUCAUGAAUGUGUUGUCCUUUCUUCAUUCAAUAAAAAAAAAGAAAAAAAGAAAAGAAAGUUGUCCUUUCGCAUUCCCGCUUCAUUUUCUCUGCGUCUAGGGAUUUGCUUUUUUUUUUUUUUUUCCCUUCUGUAGCUACUUUCAUAUUCCAAUAAGCUAGCUUUAUCUCUCUUCUGGUUGUUUGAAGAAGAAGAAGAAGAUUCAAAAGAUUUUCUGGGUUUAGGGUUUCGGAGUCAUGACUGGAAAAUCAUCAGCUCGUUCGGACAAAUCGGGGAAGAACAAAAUCUCGUCGGUGGCUACUCCGACAAGAAGCAAUUUGUUUGCUCAAGAGGAGAUUUUAGCAACAAAACAUGAAAUUCUCAAGGAGAAUCAUGAGAAUCUGGAAAAAGAUUACAAAAGUCUAGAGGCAAGUUUUCAGCAGAUGAAUGAAAUGAACGAGAUAAUGAUGUUUCAUCAUCAGAACCAAAAUAAGGAACUCGAAGAGAAAAAUCUGAGCUUGCUCAAGGAUUUAGAGAAAGAGAGAAGCGAGAAGGAGGCCUAUAUGAAGGAAUUGAAGGCAAUGGAGAGUGAGAAGGAGGCCAUUAUCAAUGGUUUGAGUAUUAAGAAUCAGGAGCUUUUGUUUGCGAAAGAGAAAGACGAGGAGAAGCUGAAGGAGAUGAAGGGAAUGGAGAGUGAUAAAGAGGCCAUCAUCAAUGAUUUGCGUGUUAAGAAUCAGGAGCUUUUGAUUGCGAAAGAGAAAGCAGUGGAGAAGCUGAAGGAGAUAGUGAACAAGUAUGAUGAAUUAAAAGAGAGAUUUGAUGCGGCAAGCUCACAAUGUUCAUUUUUGAAAUCGCUCUUUGACGCUGAGAAUCUCACCAGUAUAGGAGCAAGCGAUGUGGCUUUCAAAAGUAUUGUGGUGGAUGAUCUUGAUGUGACUAUCAAGAAUGAGGUUAUUAUGGUGGAUGAUCUUGAUGUGACUAUCAAUAAUGAGGUUAUUGUGGUGGAUGAUCAUAAUGUGAAUAACACUGCAACAGAUACGAUUGUGAUCAUUGACGAGAGUGAUGCUGAAAAUGAUAAUCCUCCUCCAAGAGAGCGUAACAUAAUCCGUGAAAAGUCUGUUGAUGUAAAACAAGAACAACAAUCAGAUGGACCAACAUCAUCAAAAGUAAAUCAUCGAUUGUCAUCAUCGUCAUCAUCAUCAUCAUCAUCAUCAGAUGAAUAUGUAACAGUUCAGCUUCCCUUUAAAAGGUCCCGGGAUAUUUAUAACAAGUCUUGAACCUUUUUCGAUGCAGUGAACACGGAGCCAUAAGAAGUUGCUCACUCUUAAGUUAAGCUAGUUUAAGGUAUAUCUUAUUGAUCCUCCGGUGUAUUGUUUUUUGUUUUGUCCCGGAGGUUUAACUGUGUUUGGAAGAGCUAGAGCAAAAAAACGAUUAGUAUCUGAUUAGGUGAAUAUUUUGGCUGUAUGUUUUUUGUAAUGGGUAUAUGUUCAUAUUACUCGGCUUUAUAUAUCAAAUCGCAUCCAAAUCGAUUCACUAUGUGAGUUCUUUAGAUUGCUUUGAUUCUUGAGUCACUCCUCCAUACUUUAAAAACGCUAUUAGCAUUGUAUAAGUAUGAUUAGUAAUGAUUAUGAAACAGAGACAAUACGAGUCAUGAACAAAAGUUCAGCAACACUGGAAAUUUCAUCAGAAUCCAAACCAUUUAAAUAAAUAAUCAACUAUAAUCUAAUGUUUUUUUAAAAAAAAAAAUUAAAAUAAUUCUUAGAAAUAUAGUAAUUUAAACGCUUAUUUAAAUGGAUUCUUCCUCAUUCUCUCUACACUCACACUCCUAAAACUUCUUCAUCUUCUUCUCUCAAAUUCGUACGGAGCAAUUUCUUCGAUCUUCAUCGCUUUUGAUGAACACUGAAAUGGAAGAAGACGCAGGGAAUGGAGGAUUUCGGAAACGCAUGAGAGCAUCUGAUGAAGAUGGAAAAGGAGAUUCGAGAGAUGGAAUUAGUCUUGAUAAUACCAUUGAGAAUGAAGAAACUGACACGAAACUUGUUGCUUCUGAUGAGAUGGAACUUAACAUUGCUCAAAUUCUCGAUAAGAUUGAGAGCUUCACACAAACUGUUUCUAACUUGCUGGAAACUGGGAAGACAAUGUUUAAGGAACUCAGUAACGAAUUCGAAGAACGCUUGAUCAUGAUACACAAGGAACAUGUUGAGAAAUGGCAGGAGGAGAUCAAGGAAUUGCGUUUGCUUGAUGCAUCAAACGAGGAGACUACUUCCCUCUUACACAACGCUCGCUAUCUGAUUCAGAAUCCUAGCAUCGAGCAAUGAGGUAAACAGUCUAAAACCCUAUCAAGAAGUACUAUCAGCCAUUACUAAGAACAGAUUAUCUUCUGUCGUCCAAUGGUGUAAGAAGUCCUAUAUAUUACUUUAGAUCAACAUAUGGUUGGUUUGGGAAUUUUAGAUUUGCACAAUUUCAAAAACUA